GGGUCAUACAACCUGCCAACCUGCAAAGAGAAGACCACCGAACUCCAACUGCAGCCCCAUGUGCUUCGGCCCAAAUCACGAGUUCAGCGCGACCUUCAGCAGCUUUUUCAUGGAGCUGCUCCGCUAUGAGGGCCAGGAAGUGGUGGAGGUCAAAGAGUUUCAGGUGGCGGCUGCACUGCUGGAGAAGCGUGACUUUGAUGUGCUUGGCCGACAGGUGCCAUCACAGUGGGGACCAGUGCACUUGUUUGAUCUUUGCCUGGCCUUUGGUCACUUUGAUGUGGCGUGGCAAAUGGCCCGGGAGGUGAAAGGAUGCAAGUUGCAAGCUCAUCAUUUGGGACGGGUGUUCGCUCAGCGAGAGCCACGUCCAGCGCGCACGGCUUCUCCCUACAUCUUUCGGUGCUCCUGCAGAGGUCUUCAGAGCUGCGACCAUUGUUGUUUCGGAUUCGACGUCGAAGAUGGCCUUUGGAUGGAAGAUGCUGAGAUGGAGCUGGCAGCAGCUCAGCAGGCAGCCCGAAUAUCCGUCAAGAAGCCGCUCCUCCACCGCAUCUUCGAAGUCUUUCACUCUGAAGGAGCUGAGCUGAUCGAUCUGCCUUUCGAGAUCUCGGACCAGGCCAUGGCAAAUUUGUUGGACCUGGCAAUGCUCACGGGAGAUCACAAGGUGGUCUCAUGCCUUUGUGGGCUUUGCCGCAUGAGGCCUUUAAGGCGUUGGAGGUCGAGUGCAUUUGUCGAAGAGGCAGUGGGUUCCGUGUCGAGUGUGGAGAUUCCCGUGUCGAGCGACGAGAUUGGCCACGGGGUUUGGAGGAUCUUUUGGCCACGCACCGUUCAACUGUCUGCAGCUUUACGAUCUUUACUUGCAGCUCUCUUGGUCAUCAAGGAGUUUCAGUGCCUCUGGAACACUGUGAUCACAGUCAAAUACUUGUGGAGUGCAAAGAUUCCUUUCCCAGAAGCACUCACUCUGUUCUAUGGUAGUUCGUUGCCAGAAGUUGCAGACCUUCUUCCUCCAGCGCAGAGCAAUUGGAUUCCAGAAGAGGGAAACCACUUGGGAGUCUUUUUCUUCGAAGAUAGAGAACAGAAGGCUGGAUUGAGCAAGAGCCAUCUCAGGCUUGCCAAGAUUGCGGGGAUGGAGGUCAACAGCCUGGGCGUACAAGCAGUUUGGCUUUGCCCGUCGUCGCACACGCCUGAUCGUAUCCUCCACUGGACCCUUCUGGAUGUGGCCAUUUCCUUAGGUGAUUCUGACACUGCGGCGUUGCUCGCAUCCCUGCCUUGCGCCGAGCUCUCAACGUGGGGCAUCCGCUUUCGGCCCGAGUGGAGUGACCCAGCACGGAAGUCAGCCGCUGUGGCCGGUGCUUGUGCUGCUUUGCAGCGCUCUUGGAGAUCUGAAAUCAUGCAGACUGGUAUCGCCAUGUACCAGGUCUUCCGGAAGCUGUCGGCUGGAAGUUCUUUUCCCAUGUCCUUGGUGGAUCAAGUGGUAGCCUAUUCAAUGGAAGUACCAGAGAUUCUGUAUCACUUGGAUCUUUGGAAGGAUGUGCAGUUCUGGUAUUUGUCGGACUUUUGGCACCGCAAGUCGGUAUCACGUCUGACGACCAGAGACCAUCCGAUUCCAUUGGUGGAUGGAGUGAAUGAGGAUGGCGAUCGCCUCCAAAGCUCAUCAUUUGGAGAGUCGGGAAAGCCGAAGCAGGAUGAGACUGACCAAACCCUACGGGCGAUCCAAGAAAGCCGCCAUGAUGGCCCACCUGCCCUGAACGUCGACGGGGUGUGUUUAUUCCGCCUCACCCGGAUGGCUACCGCCGUCCACGUGAACAAGCUGCUGUUAGAUGCCAGCGGCCCAUUGCAAGCACUGCACGCACGUGUUUUGGAAGCUGGCUGUGAGGUGAAGCCUCAAUGGAGUCCGGUGAAAGCGCUCUUUGUGCCAUGCACGGAGGCACAAGCAGGUGAACUACUGGGCUUGGCAGCUCACGGAUACGAGCUUUGCAGGGACAGUAACAUCUUGGCACUCCAAGAGGAUGGCGUCGUCAUCAUGCAAGCUUUGCGUGAAAACCUCAAGAAGGCUGGCCGACCCAGGCUGAAGAAGGAAAGCCCAACAGAUGUGCAAAGUCCAAGAAGAGAAAUGGAUCGUGAAGACGAACAAGAGAUGGAACAGGACCACGACACCGAGCCCGUCUUGGUCUUUGAGUGUGGCCUUCAAACAGACUCCAUGGUCGGAUUCCCUGCGUAUUCGCAGUGAAAACUGAAACCUGUAUUUGCUGCAGUGGCUAGACAGGGUCCUGAGCCUUGAUAGCCCCAUUUGCUGCAGCAGAUGUUGGAGAACUCGCAAAAGAAGAGAGAUUGGAGGAACGGCUUAGAGGCCUUUCUGAGAGAUGCAGCAUCAAAUGCAUGAUUUAACACUGAUUUUGGACCGGGCAGCCCGGGCUGCGGGGCAACUUGUACAGAUAAAAGCUCCAGAUGAAGUGCACUAGCCAGGGUCCUGAGCCUUGAUAGUUGCAGAGAUUGACGGAGUUCCUGCAGAAAAGCUACCAGGGCUGUUCUGCUUUCCUCUUUGUGAGAGCCAUGUGAGCUCA